AUGGCCAAUCGUCUGGAGGUGAAGUCGAUCCCCUUCCAGGUCUACAGUGCCAAAAAGUUCCCAGGUCUCGCCACCAGCACAACUCUGAGCAAACUCGUCGCCGAGCAGGGCUGUCGUGUGAGAAUCAGACGGGAUAUCAGACAAAGGAAACGUUCUCGAAAGCAGCAAAUGGCCGACCCUGAAGCCGAUGAUGCUCUGAGCUCCUAUCAAGGUACUCCCCAGGCCAGCAUUCGACAGUUGGAGCAUUCCCGCUCCGCCAGUCGGAACAGCCUGGGCAGCCAAUAUGAUCCUAUCGAUCGAAGGGGUUCGAUGGAAAGCCUUCAACGCCAUCCCAUGAUCCAGAGUCGGCAGCCUUCGGUUGUCAGCAUGUCGAUGCCAAGUCCUGGUCCUACCUCUGCUGGUGCUCCGUGUAGCAUGGCUCCUCCCCCGCCAACAUAUCACAACUCUCCCAGUCACUUUGCCCCCGACCUCUCUCCGGUUCCCUCGCCCUACCGCUCUGCGCCUCGUCCACAUUCCAAGAGUUUCUCCACUCCUUCAGCUCGUCCUGAGUUAUUCAGUGGUUCAUCAGAAUUUGGCCCUCGCAGAAUGCCCCCAUUGCCCCCAUUGCCACCAAUACUGGACAGUCUCCAAACUGCUCGGCCGCCUCAUCGGGCUGGCUUGUAUGAAACCCGAGAACAUCAACCGACCAAGCGACAUGCAAGUUCACUUCCCUACGAUCCAAAUCGAGCUUUGAAGGAUCGAGCUCGUCCGGAUUCCCAGAAACCAGGCUUUCCUGCGAGUUCUCCCUUUGGCUUCGGGCUCGGUGUCGAUGCUUCCAACCAAGUCAUUGAAGCCGACACUGGUGACGAGGAUGACAGUGAAGAGGCAACAUUAUUCGCUGGUCCGAUGAGUUACCCUCGCGCAGACGGCUCGCAGGCAAACAAGAACAUCCGAAUGCCUCAUAACCUUCUGGGAUGA